AGUACCGCCAGGUUACGUGUAUCAGUCACCAUAUUUGGCAACAACAGCCCCGGGCGGAUUGGUGCCAUUACCAACUACCCCGUUGAGUCACGCAGCGGCAGUAGCGGCAGCGUCGCAAUUUUACGAAUAUCAGAACGCAGCGGCCGCUGCGGCAACGUAUCCGGCGGCUUCGUACAACUUCGCCGCUGAAGCUUAUCCGUACACAACAGCUGCAGCUGCUGGUAUGUUGGGACCAAAAGUCGCGGCUAAAGCACCUGAACAGCCGGCUGCAUCGCCACAACCACCACAGAAUGGCGCACUACUCAUGCAACAUCGACUUGCCGCCGAAAAAGCUGGUCUUCUGCCGCAGUUUCUUCUGCGCGGCAACGCGAACGCAGCAGCAGCAGCAAGCUACGUGGCGCCGUACACGUACACGAUCUCAGGCGCAGGUGGAUUACCAACGGCAGCGACAGCCGCUGGUGCUUUUCCGGGACUUCCUUACCAAGCAACACCUCAGGAAGCGAGGCUUCAGUAAUCUUAGCUCGUCUUGAAAUUUUUGUUAGUUUUCUCUUUUUUCAUCGAGAUACGAGAAAAAAGAAAACUUGAUCGACGUCGGUGAUGUUUUUCAUUGUGAAUGGGAGUGGAAACGAGCUACGCAGAAUGUAAAAUGAAAAAUUCUGUGACGAUAUAUCUUAGACUUGCGAAGUCUCUUUCUCUCUCGUGCGAUGAGAUCUCGAUCUUCCCCGUCUUUGUUUUCUUUCUACCAUGGAGAGAGCGAGAGAGAGAGAGAGAGAGAGAGAGAGAGAGAGAGAGUGAGAGAGAAAGAGAGAGAGAGAGAAAGAGAGUGAGAGAGAGAGUGAGAGAGAGAGAGAGAGAGGAGGAGGACUAGCACAACGAAGCGCAACGAUAGCUCCCAAAGACAGACAGCAAAUGUUAAGCGUAUUAGACGCUCAAUCUAUUUAUAUACACGUGGACAAGAAUGAAGGCGAGUUUAGAAGUGGAGAGAGAAAAGAGAGCGAGAGAGCGCGGAUAGUAGGUGUCGUGUACAUGAGUGAACGUGAGUGGAUGAUGAGAAAGAAGCGUAAGACAGGUAAAGGAAAGGAGCGCGCCAGUUGAAAGCAUAGUUUUUAAUUAUUAUCAAAUAAUUAGCCUCGAGUCUAGACUUUUUAUUAACAUUGAUUAUUGUACUUCCUCCGAAUCUCGAUGCUCAUGAUCGUCCGGCACACAUUUGUCUAUGUAUUUGUAGCAUGCGAAUCUAUUCUGUCCCUUGAUGGCUUAUUACGUGACAAAUGACCUUUUUCUCUUCCCCUCUCUCAAAGCGAAAUAACAUUGUCAUGCUAUAUUUUAUCCUAUCCAAUUGUAAUUGUUAUAAUCAGAGACGUUCACUAUUAUUAUAAUGUAAGCUAGAAUAAAAUCAAAUGAAUAUUCUCGAGCAACAAUUUUUCUCUCUUCCUCACUGAAAAGACAGAAAAGUAAAUAUCGGCGAAUCGGCACUAGAAACAGACUUGUUCGUUAAUCAUACCAAUGUAUCGUCCGAGCGCGUAUAGAGGGACAAUCGAAGUUACCUGAUGAUAACAAACAUAAUUGUUGUUGCCUUACUGACGACUGAGCUUGUGAACACAAGACCACGCGAAAAAUAAGAACCGCAAAAUCCACGCGAUGCCUUUGCCAAGGUGAGAGCAGCUCACUGCGUGCCUGAAAACAAAUAUUAAUUGCGAAAGUUGUAUAUCGUUGGUUGUUGUAAACUAGUCAGUUCGAGUCGAGUAGCGAGACAGACCGACAGUGAGGGUUGAAAAAAAAAGAAUUUUCAAUAAUAUACACAAAAAUUUGUAGCGUAAACAGCUGAAGAAUUACACACUUACACGAGGCUGUCUAGUCUUAAGCUUAGAGGCCUUGGCAACGUGUAGCUCUGCGCGGACUCGUUACUUAAAUAUUCGAGUAUGAACGAAUGAUACGUCGCAGUCGCAGCACCACGACGGGGGGUCAAUACGCGUAGGAGACAAUUACAUUUUUUUUUUAGAUUGUAAGCAUUCUAGACUUAGUCAUGUCAAACGAAUUGCAGAUAAUAUUUCCUAUAAAUAUUAUUAUUUUUAUUAUUAUGAUUGCCAACUGUAUAAUUUCAUCAUUAUACUUAUCAUCACGAUUAUUAUUUUAUUUUUAUUAUUACUAUUGACUAAUAAUAAUUUUUUCUUGUACUUAAUAUUAAAUAAAUUUUAAAGUGGGUUACGUUAGUGCGACCACAUUGGGUGGACUGAUGUCCGCCUCCUUUGCUAGGCGUAUUUCUUAGACAUCGCAUAAUGUAUUAGGCUAAAAUAAUUAUAUAUAUAUAUGUAUAUGUAUAUAUAUAAACUGUUAUCUACAAUACCUAUUCACAAUAUGCGACAAAGAAUUAGUUUGAACAAGAGAAAAUUACGAAAUAUAUUGUCUCUGAGAGAAAAAAAUCAACGUUUAUUUCAUUUCACAUCUUUCUUUGCAACACCAUUCAACAUAUUAUUUGUAGUAAUUUAAUAACGAUCAAUCGAACUCAUUCAAUGAAAAUUUAAUUCAGCGUAAAAGUCAAAUCGUAUUUGG